AUGCUAACUAUUUUAUUAUACUUCUCUAAUUUAUUAUUUUAUGCACAAGGAGCAUGCUUUCAUUGUCUUUCACCAGAUUCUCAUCUGAAGCCAACGCUUCGACGUCAGCUAAAAACUCAAACAGAUGUAUUCUUUUGGCAAAUUGGAACACAAUGGAAUGCUUGUAGUGAAAAAGUAAAUCCAAUGAUUCCAUCAAUUGAAGGGCAAAUCUGUUCAAAAUAUCAAAUGUGCGUUACACUCCAACCAAAUAUUCCAAACUCUACCUUCGUAGUUCGCGGAUGUUUGGAGAGUGUUCUUCGAUAUAGUUGGAGGGAGGAUGAGCGUCUCCAUAAAGAAGGAUGCUACAUGAUACGAUCAUUACCAAUGUAUCCUAAUGAGCAACCCAUGGACUAUAUCAUCUGUGUAUGUGCUGGAGAUUACUGUAAUCGUGAUGAAGCUGUGAACUAUGUGUCUGGACCAUACAAUUAUGAUCGAGAUACCAUCCUACAGUUAUCACCCAAUAACGAUGUGUAUUAUGAGGGAAAUGGACGAAUUCAAUUAGCUGUAAGCUCAGCAUCAUUAGUCGAUAAAGCUUUCAUCUUCAUCUACAGUACAUUAUUAUUUGUUUUUCUGAAAUAA